UGCCCAACUCAAGGAGGAGGUGUCUGUGAACCCAGCCUACCAGGCUAUGGAACUGGAGUAUGUCCUCAAGAAGGUGGGCUGCAAGGCCCUUGUGUUCCCCAAGCAAUUCAAGACCCAGCAAUACUACAACAUCCUGAAGCAGAUCUGUCCAGAAGUGGAGAAUGCCCAGCCAGGGGCCUUGAAGAGUCAGAGGCUCCCAGAUCUGACCACAGUCAUCUCGGUGGAUGCCCCUUUGCCGGGGACCCUGCUCCUGGAUGAAGUGGUGGUGGCUGGCAGCACACAGCAGCAUCUGGACCAGCUCCAGUACAACCAGCAGUUCCUGUCCUGCCAUGACCCCAUCAACAUCCAGUUCACCUCGGGGACAACAGGCAGCCCCAAGGGGGCCACCCUCUCCCACUACAACAUUGUCAACAACUCCAGCAUGUUAGGAGAGCGCCUGAAACUGCAUGAGAAGACACCAGAGCAGUUGCGGAUGAUCCUGCCCAGCCCCCUGUACCAUUGCCUGGGUUCCGUGGGAGGCACAAUGAUGUGUCUGAUGUAUGGUGCCACCCUCAUCCUGGCCUCUCCUGUCUUCAAUGGCAAGAAGGCACUGGAGGCCAUCAGCAGAGAGAGAGGCUCCUUCCUGUAUGGUACCCCCACGAUGUUCGUGGACAUUCUGAACCAGCCAGACUUCUCCAGUUAUGACAUCUCGACCAUGUGUGGAGGUGUCAUUGCUGGGUCCCCUGCACCUCCAGAGUUGAUCCGAGCCAUCAUCAACAAGAUAAAUAUGAAGGACCUGGUGGUUGCUUAUGGAACCACAGAGAACAGUCUGACAUUCGCGAACUUCCCUGAGGACACUGUGGAGCAGAAGGCAGAAAGUGUGGGCAGAGUUAUGCCUCACACGGAGGCCCGGAUCAUGAACAUGGAGGCGGGAACGCUGGCAGAGCUGAACACACCCGGGGAGCUGUGCAUCCGAGGGUACUGCGUCAUGCUGGGCUACUGGGGCGAGCCUCAGAAGACAGAGGAAGCAGUGGAUCAGGACAAGUGGUAUUGGACAGGAGAUGUCGCCACAAUGAACGAGCAGGGCUUCUGCAAGAUCGUGGGCCGCUCUAAGGAUAUGAUCAUCCGGGGUGAGAACAUCUACCCCGCAGAGCUCGAGGACUUCUUUCACACGCACCCGAAGGUGCAGGAAGUGCAGGUGGUGGGAGUGAAGGACGAUCGGAUGGGGGAAGAGAUUUGUGCCUUCAUUCGGCUGAAGGAUGGGGAGGAGACCACAGUGGAGGAGAUCAAAGCUUUCUGCAAAGGGAAGAUCUCUCACUUCAAGAUUCCGAGGUACAUCGUGUUCGUCACAAACUACCCCCUCACCAUUUCAGGAAAGAUCCAGAAAUUCAAACUUCAAGAGCAGAUGGAACGACAUCUAAAUCUGUGA